AUGGAUGUCGAUGGUUGGAAAAGGUCCAGUGUAGUUGGAGGGGUGCUUGUGAUUCCGGGGCUUCACGUAUUGCUUUGGGGCAAGGACGACAAAGACCAAGAACAACACAUAGCGGAUGGCAAAGAGCACGAGUCUGAUGAGCUGGACUGCGAGAAGCAGGCGGCCGUAAUAUAA